AUGCCUCCUACGCAGUGUUUUAACUGCAAGUCCGCCCGAGCAGUUAUCAUCAGGCCCAAAAACCGCCACAAGCUAUGCAAGCAGUGCUUUCUUCGUAUUUUUGAGACCGAAACACACGAGACCAUUACACAAAGCGCUUUAUUUUACCCGGGCGAACGUGUCGCCAUCGGCGCCAGCGGUGGCAAAGAUAGCACAGUCCUUGCCUCCGUCCUAAAGACCCUCAACGAACGAUACAACUACGGGCUUGACCUUGUCCUCCUAUCCAUCGACGAAGGCAUCAAAGGGUACCGAGAUGACAGUCUGGAAACUGUCAAGCGGAAUGCGGUCCAGUACGAUAUGCCCUUGGAGAUAGUCAGCUAUGGCGAGUUGUACGGGUGGACGAUGGACCAAGUUGUCGCGGAAAUUGGCAAAAAAGGAAACUGCACAUACUGCGGGGUAUUUCGUCGCCAGGCGCUAGAUCGCGGAGCUGCGAAACUCGGCAUUAAACAUGUUGUCACGGGGCAUAACGCUGACGAUGUCGCUGAGACGGUGAUGAUGAAUCUCCUUCGGGGUGAUUUACCGCGGUUGGCCCGGGGAACAUACAUUGUGACGGGGUCAUCGGCCAGUGAAAUAAAACGCAGUAAACCCUUGAAAUACGCUUAUGAGAAGGAGAUUGUUUUAUACGCACACCACAAGAACCUCGACUAUUUCAGCACUGAGUGUAUAUAUUCACCUGAAGCGUUUCGGGGCAGUGCCCGGACGCUGAUCAAAGAUCUGGAAAAAAUACGGCCAAGUUCUAUAUUGGAUAUUGUUAGGAGUGGUGAAGAUAUGGCCGAGUUGGUACCAUCAGAGAUCAGCACUUCGGCCACUUGUGCAUCAAAGAAUGCGAUUUCGGCCAAUGCUGAAGAUGGGACUGAAGACUACUCGACUGGCGGGUGCGGAAGUCAAAAUGGAAGGAGCAGCGGUCAUGAAAUGGCAGAAAUGGAGAAACAACUUGCUGAGAACGAAGCGGCCCAGUCUCGCGAGACCGAGAUCACCCUUGCGGCUCUCGGAAAGAACAAGAAGAAACAGCUCGCACGAACCAGCCGUCGCAAUGGAUCUGGUAGCCAGAAACCGUUGAAGGUUCAAACGAUGGGGCAAUGCGAACGAUGCGGAUACCUCUCGAGCCAGAAAAUUUGCAAGGCAUGUACGUUACUCGAAGGAUUGAAUAAAAGCAGGCCUCAAACAGCCGUCGAGUUGGUCGUUGGCGUUGAGGAAGAGGAAGGGAGCUCGACUCUUAUGCGACAGAUGGAACAGAUCCAGUUAUCUAGUGGCUGA